AAAAGAGCGAAAGGUAAGGAAAAGGCGACUGAAGAGAAAAUGUUAGAGGAUAAGGAGCCACCGGCUGAUGAUGGAGUGCGAAUUCCUGAGCUGCUCCAAGACCUCCUUUGGUAUUACGACGAUUCGUAUCAAUCAUCAUUAGGUAUAGGCUUCCAUGUCAUGAAACCUGUGGAACACGGACCUCCGCAGGACUUCAAGCCCCCGGAAAAGCCAAAAUAUGUUGCAUUUGCAGAGGAUAAGUUUGCAUAUAUCAUCAAUACAUUCGCUGGUCCUCGAGCUAUGCCAGAUCGCAACAGAAUCGCACGACUGCAUCUUGCGUUUCGUCUCGACGAGCUCGUUGCUCAUAGUCCUGGCCUUGCACCUUUCCGUUCACUCAUUAUGGAACUGCAUGCACUCGCCGGCCAUUACUUCGUUCCGGAUCCCACGCGUGAGACGAAGUUUUCAAACGAUGAAGUCGAAGAGGCCUUCGCGCGUUAUUUAGAUGCGUUCGAGAAAUUCAUGCCCAAGCAGGACAACUGGCUAUAUUUGAAGUGGUAUGAAGGGUCUGAUAUAUUAUACAAGUUCGACCAGGAAAAUUUCUUGGGUGCCUUUGCUUCGCCAACGAAUUUCUCCUGAUGCAACUCUGUCUUGAGCCCGUCCUGCUUCACAAAGUCCUGCACAUGCUGUGUGAUGUUGCUAUUCCUUUUAAUAACUGC